GCUGUGGGGGGAGCGAGGGUCCCAUUGGGUCUGUCUGUAUCCAAUCAGGGUGCUGGGGGCGGGCAGUGGGGCGGCGGGGGGGGGCGAGGGGCGCAGCCUGGGCCCCCUCUUGCCGUGGGGCCGGCACCCGGGACCCUCCGCCUGGGGCGGAAGUGACGAGCCCCGGCUGCCAAAAUGUCGGCGCCCAGAGGGAGCUAGCCAUCCGUGGGACUGGCGGUGAUGGAGCUCUAUGGCACUGAUCUGCCCGGGGGACUGGGCACCGACUGGGCAGAGGAGCCCGGGCAACCCCCCGGCCGGGCACCUGGCACCAUCGAGUGCAUGAUCCCAUGCUUGGACCCGGAGGACGGUCCAGACGGGCUGGCGCCGACCCUGCUGACGGACAACGGGGCGGGCGCCCGGGUGCCCUUCCACUGCUCCGAGUGCGACAAGAGCUUCCGGUACCGCUCGGACCUGCGGCGCCACUUUGCCCGGCACACGGAACUCAAACCCUUCCAGUGCCCACACUGCAGCAAGAGCUUCAAGCACUCCUUCAACCUGGUCAACCACAUCCGCAGCCACACCGGCGAACGCCCUUACCGCUGCACGGUCUGCCCCAAGGGCUUCCGCGACUCCACCGGCCUGCUCCACCACCAGGUGGUGCACACGGGCGAGAAACCCUACUGCUGCCACGUCUGCGAGCUCCGUUUUUCCUCCCGCAGUAGCCUGGGCCGGCACCUGAAGCGCCAGCACUGCCCUCCCCCCGGAGGGGGCGCCCCCGAGCCACCCAGCGCCACCCGCUACCUGGAGCGCCUGUGUGGCCAGGGGCGGGCGGCCCCUUAUGGCUGCGGGGCCUGCGGGCGCCACUUCCGGCUGGCACCCGAGCUGGGGAAGCACUGGCUGGCUCACACCGACAUCAAGCCCUUCAAGUGCCCCGACUGUGAGCGGGACUUUAACGCCCCCUCCCUGCUGGAGCGCCACAAACUCACGCACGCCAAGGACCGGCCGCUGCUCUUGCCCUGCCAAGGGUGCGUGGGCAAGGGGGCCCCGGGGCAGCAGGCUCCGCAAGGGCCAGGCUGCCCGGCCUGCAAGCCCCAGGACACCCGCCCCCUGGACAGCCUGUACCAGUGCGAGUGUGGCACCUUCUUUGCCAACGCCGGCACCCUGGCUGCUCACCUGGCAGCCCACACGGGUGAGGCCUCCUUCGCCUGUGGCAUCUGCGGCAUGAGCUUUGGGGCCCUGCCACCCCUGGAGGCCCACCAGCUGAGCCACGCCAUGCUGCUGCCCCCGGAGGGCGCUCCUCAGCCAGUGGCGGCGGGGCCUGUGCCGCCGGCCAGUGGGGAGCUGGAGCACCACCUGCUGCCGCGGCUGGAGCUACGGGCUUUCCCUGCCCGGCCUGGCAAGAAGCUAUACAAGUGCACGGAGUGCGAGAAGUUCUUCCGCAGCCCGCGGGAUCUGGACCGGCACGUGCUGGUGCACACGGGUGAGAAACCCUACCAGUGCACCGAGUGCGGCAAGUUCUUCCGGCACGAGUGCUACCUGAAACGGCACCGGCUGCUCCACAGCGGGGAGCGCCCCUUCCAAUGCAGCGUCUGCCACAAGGGUUUCAUCACCUUCAGCAACCUCUCCCGCCACCUCAAACUGCACCGUGGCAUCGACUAGCCGGGCGGGCCCCUGACAGCCCCGGCCGGCCUGCACGUCCUGCCUCCCACCUCCAGCUCUCCCUGCUGGCGUAGCCACAGGCCAGCGUGUUCUGCUCGGCUGCCCUUUCGGUGCUGGGCUGCGCACACCGGUUUGUUAUUGUAGGGUCUCUGGCACAUGUCAGUUUAUUUUUGUAGGGUCACUCAAGCACUGGGCUGCACAGAUUGGUUUGUUAUUGUAGGGUCUCAUUGCACGUGCCGGUUUGUUUUUGUAGGGUCACUCAUGAGCGCCGGGCUGCACAGAUCUGUUUGUUAUUGUAGAGUCUCUGCACCUGCCGGUUUGGUACUGUCGGGUCUCAUUGCGCACGCUGGUUUGUUUUUGUAGGGUCUAAAUUCAAAUGGCAAUCUACUGGUUUGUUAUUGCUGGAUCACUUGUUAGUGCUGGGUUGUACACAAUGGUUUGUUGUUCUAGGGUCUCGUACACGCUGGUUUGUUAUUGUAGGGUCUCACUACAUAUGCUGGCUCGUCAUUGUUCGGUCCCUCUCAAGCUGGGGACUGCACAGAGAAUUGUUGUUAGAGGGAGUUGGGACUGUGUGGGCCAGUCUGUUCUUGCAUGGUCUUUUGAAAGUGCUCAGACAGCUGUGCGCCCUAGGCUAGUUAUCAGCCCUGCCCUUGCUUCCGUGGGACAGAAGACUCGGCAGUCACUGAGAAGGAAUAUAUCUAGGGAUUCUGCACUGAGACUACUGACUCCCCCAGCCUGCACCGCCCGGCAUCCCCAGUAGGGGUCGCUGGGCCCAAAGGGACCCUGGCACUGCCCCAGCCUGCACUGCCCGGCAUCCCCAGUAGGGGUCUCUGGGCCCAGAGGGACCCUGGCACUGUCCCAGCCUGUGCUGCCCGGCAUCUCCAGUAGGGGUCUCUGGGCCCAGAGGGACCCUGGCACUGUCCCAGCCUGUGCUGCCCGGCAUCUCCAGUAGGGGUCUCUGGGCCCAGAGGGACCCUGGCACUGCCCCAGCCUGUGCUGCCCGGCAUUCCCACUAGGGGUCUCUGGGCCCAGAGAGCUCCUGGCACUGCCCCAGCUUGCAAUGCCCAGCAUCCCCAGUAGGGGUCUCUGGGCCCAGAGCAACACUGGUGCUUCCCCAGCCUGCACUGCCCGGCAUCCCCACUAGGGGUCUGUGUACAUCCAGGGCCAUAGUGUCUCCUGGACACUAUCCCUUCCUGCACUGCUCUGUUCAGUGGUUUUGCCCUGUGUGCCCCCAUCUUUCCCCUGUGACCCCCCUGUCAUGGACCCUCUCUUAUCAGUUCACAGCAGCUGGGGGUCUGGCCCCAUUGACUCAAUGGAGCUGCUGCCAUUGACCCUAGCUGGGGGUCUGGUCCCAUGGACUCAAUGGAGCUACGGCCCAUUGACUCCAGGUGGUGGUCUGGCCCCAUUGACUCAAUGGAGCUAUGGCCCA